AUGGACUCAUGGCGUGACAGUCCAAGCGAUAUUCAGGCCAAAGUGCUGCAGCACACACUGGACGAGAUCCAUUCAUCUCAUCAAGCCAGCGGCGAGAGCAACGGCGAUGAAGACUGUUGUGUCAUCUGCCUUGAGAACGUGUCAGAGCCCUGUGUAGCACAUCCUUGUGCACAUCACAACUUUGACUUCUUGUGCCUGGUCAGCUGGCUACAGGAGCAGGCAGCCUGCCCUCUUUGCAAGUCUCAAGUGCAAGAAGUUCGCUAUGAGUUCAGUCAGGACAGAAAGCGGUGGAAGACAUACAAGGUUGGCAGCCAGAAACAGCCCGAGACAACUUCCAGUGCUGCAGCUGGGAGGUCGACUGGACUAUAUCAGAGGACACGGCUGGCGCAACAUCGCCAGCGAAGAGAGUAUCGCCCCCGCCCGCAGGUAACGCCAGAUGAGGCGAUACUGCGGCGGCGAGACAUAUACAGCAACCAGCUCUAUUCCCUACACGUAGGGUCAAAUCGGCUGUCACGCUACAAAGACCUCACCCCGGAUCUCUUCGAGACUGAUCCAGAACUCGUCUCCCGUGCCAGGAAAUGGAUCCGUCGGGAGCUGCAAGUCUUCCAGUUCCUGUCCGCUGGGACCGUCGCCGAGGCCAGGCAGGACGCAGCCGGUAGCAGAAGACGCGCGGACAAUGCUGAAUUCUUGCUCGAAUACAUCAUCGCAAUCCUCAAGACUAUCGACACCCAGGGGAGCUGUGGGCAAGCUGAGGAUAUGCUGCAGGAGUUUCUAGGACGGGAGAAUACCAGGCUCUUCCUCCAUGAACUUAGAGCAUGGCUAAGGAGCCCAUACACCUCCCUGGAGGACUGGGAUCGGCACGUGCAAUACGACCGAUCCAAGAAGAGGACGCCCCGCGCAGCGAGUGCCGCUGCAGGUGGUGGUGAUGAUGGCUCGAGCAACGGCGAGUCCUCCCAGGGUCGUCGCAGCGGAGGCUCUCAUUGGCGUCCCCGAAACUCAAAUAGGCAUCACCCGUACCGAGGCCAGCGGGAUCGGAACUAUGCUCGGCUAAGAGAAGCAUCGCGAAGAUGGGCACCCGAUUGA